CUACAUUUCUUAUUCGACAGCUCUCUCUAGUGGAACAGAUAGAAACACCCUCGACACGACGACAUCAGCGGCAGCUAGGCAGCAGUAUCUGAAACAACCGAGUAGCGUCGCGACUCCUGCUCCUGCUGCCCUGGACAACCGGCGCCUCUCUCCAAGGCUGACUGUAACCCAAUGAGAGCUCAGUGAUGGGUAAGGAGAAGCUCCAUAUCAACAUCGUGGUCAUUGGCCAUGUGGAUUCAGGGAAGUCCACCACCACCGGCCACCUCAUUUACAAGUGCGGAGGAAUCGACAAGAGGACCAUUGAAAAGUUUGAGAAGGAAGCUGCAGAGAUGGGAAAAGGCUCUUUUAAGUACGCUUGGGUCCUUGACAAGCUAAAAGCUGAGAGAGAGCGAGGCAUCACCAUCGAUAUCUCCCUGUGGAAGUUUGAGACCAGCAAGUACUAUGUCACCAUCAUUGAUGCUCCAGGACACAGAGACUUUAUUAAGAACAUGAUCACUGGCACCUCACAGGCAGACUGUGCUGUGUUGAUUGUGGCGGCUGGCGUUGGAGAAUUUGAGGCUGGUAUCUCAAAGAAUGGCCAAACACGAGAGCAUGCUUUGCUGGCAUACACCCUGGGUGUCAAACAGCUGAUCGUGGGUGUCAACAAGAUGGACUCUACAGAACCCAAUUACAGCCAGAAGCGCUAUGAAGAGAUUGUGAAGGAAGUCAGCACUUACAUCAAGAAAAUCGGCUACAACCCCGAUACAGUGGCAUUCGUUCCAAUCUCUGGAUGGAAUGGAGAUAACAUGCUGGAGGCCAGCCCAAACAUGACCUGGUUCAAGGGCUGGAAGAUCACUCGUAAGGAUGGGAGUGCCUCUGGGACGACCCUGUUGGAGGCUCUGGAUGCCAUUCAGCCUCCAACCCGCCCCACUGACAAACCCCUUCGCCUCCCACUGCAGGACGUUUACAAGAUUGGAGGAAUUGGUACUGUGCCUGUGGGACGGGUUGAAACAGGCAUUCUGAAACCUGGCCUAGUUGUGACAUUUGCCCCUGUGAAUGUGACCACUGAGGUGAAAUCUGUGGAGAUGCAUCAUGAGGCUCUAUCUGAAGCUCUUCCAGGUGAUAAUGUGGGAUUCAAUGUAAAGAAUGUCUCAGUCAAAGAUAUCCGACGUGGGAAUGUUGCAGGUGACAGCAAGAACGAUCCUCCACAGGAGGCAGCGAGUUUCACUGCACAGGUGAUCAUUCUGAACCACCCAGGUCAAAUCAGUGCUGGUUAUGCCCCCGUGCUGGACUGCCACACUGCCCACAUUGCCUGUAAGUUUGCCGAGUUAAAGGAAAAGAUUGACCGUCGCUCUGGGAAGAAGCUGGAAGACAAUCCCAAGUCCCUGAAGUCUGGGGAUGCUGCUAUUGUAGAUAUGAUACCAGGCAAACCCAUGUGUGUGGAGAGUUUCUCUGAGUAUCCUCCUCUUGGUCGCUUUGCAGUGCGCGACAUGCGUCAAACUGUAGCAGUGGGCGUCAUCAAGGGGGUUGAGAAGAAAACCCCAACCUCUGGGAAGGUCACUAAAUCUGCCCAAAAGGCCCAGAAGAACAAAUGAAUGUUGUGCUGGGCUGAAAACACUCGGGUCAGCCACACCAUCCCUCCUCUUCUCAACUCCAUGAACAAAGCUUGGUUAAUUAUCACAAUGCAUCGCAAAAGCAGAAGAAGGAAAAGUAAAACUUAUGCCUGCUUGACAAAGAUUACAAUAGUGAUAAUAAGUAUAUUUAUGUUUAGUCGUAGGUUCUGUUUGAAUUUUCAGUCUUCGUUGUGGUAUUUGUUCUAUUGUUAAAUGGUUCUAAGCAGCACUUUAAGCAGAUCUGCCUUUAGUGGGAGUGUAGAGUAAGCUUUGUUUAUCCUGUAGCUUGUGUGCAAUAUCGAAACCCUCUUGCUAACAUUGCUUGUGUAACCUCGCUUGCAAUAGUAGCUAACUGUUCCAGCUUGUUGUCCAACAGCGUCUGUUAUGUUAGUUUGAUGUGUUGUGACAUAGCUUUAUAAUUAAAGUUCAGUGUCUUUUUCUGUCUGCAUGAAGCUAAAGUAGCUAGCGCACUUUACUGUCUACCCUGACAGCUCUCUGAACAAGCAUCAGCCAUAUUGUUUGCACUUCCACUCAUGUACCUUAACGGAAAUAUGAUUCUCAAUUAUCUAAUGUAUGUCGGUUCAUAACCAACAAUAAAAUACUUUUGAACUCUGA